AUGGCGCCCUCCGUCGAUCCCAUCCCCGUCAUCCCUGCGCUCCGCAGCGACGCCCCCGCUCCGACUCAUUCCGAUCGCCUCCACGUCAAUCGCAGCGCCAAAGCAUUUGGCAGCGGUGCCGUAUCCCUCGUCGAUCUGCCCGCCGGCGCACUCUUUGCCAAGAUCACGGGUACCACGCCCGGCAAGAAGGCCUACACCAGUGUGCAGACGGGACGCGACUCGCACAUCGAAUUGAACUCUGACCUGGUGUACUGCAACCAUUCAUGCGCUCCCAGUCUGGUCUUCGACAUGGCCCGCAUGGAAGUGCGCGUCGUCGACGACAAGCCAUUGAAGAAGGGCGAUGCCCUCACCUUCUUCUAUCCCAGCACGGAGUGGGAUAUGGAUCAACCAUUCACAUGCACCUGCGGGGCUGAGGAGUGUAGAGGCUGGAUAUCCGGUGCAAAGCAGAUGUCGUCGGAUGCAUUGGACGGGUACUGGCUAAACGGACACAUAGCGGAGUUAUUGAGCGAGCGCAAGUGA